AUGCGGUGUACCCUGUAAGCUGUCAGGGUAUGGUGUAUGCUUGCUGGUGGCCGGGGGAUAUGAUUAUUUUAAUUUUUAAUUUUUCCUUUUUGAUUUCUUUUGCUUGAUGUGCGACCGUUAAGAAUGAGCCAUCAUAUUUCUCGUUCUGUACUGCUCCAUUUCCCUUUCCAUCCCCCUCACAGCAUGUAUGCAGGCCUGAUAGACCGGCAGCCAUGAGCAUAUGUACGUCCGUCCGCCCGCCCGUCAAUCUGGAGACUGGAUGUACGCAAUCCGGGCAAAUGAAUAGGCAGCCUCACAUGACCGAUUCUUCAUGCAUGCACGACCAACGCAGGUAAUAUUUUACCAUCUGCGAGGGCUGCAGGACACGCGGGUCCUGUACGGGUAUGUAUCGGACAGUACCCAUACAUACGGUAUGGAACCCCCGUACGCCCCGAUACCAUCCCGAUGCUGCCUGACCUGGCACGGCAGGCAGUAUAGGCCUGCCCUCGGGAGGUUUAGGUACAUCGAGGUACAUGGGAGGCACAUAAGGUCAAGAACCGGCAUGCGGAAAGGUCGCACCGACAGGGUAGUAUUUCCGAAGUACACGCAUAUAGGCUCAGAUGUCCCUCGGCCCCUCCGCCCACGACACCGACUUGCUGUACCAACUCCCCACCUGCAUCUGCACCUCUAUCUUUUUUUAUCCAUACCUACCGAAGAACGCGAGCUAAAAAGGUGGUGUCUCGGUGCCACGACAGACAAACUCCUACCUUACUACCCGCGCGAUACCGACUUAAGGUAGUCAGCAUGCCCACUUAUGUGGGAAGGUAGGGCCUUCCUACAGCACCUUGCAGGGGAUUAUCUGUACGACCGACGUGGGAUUGGAUCCGUACGCCCUGGCCGAUCCUAGUUGCACGUUGCAUGGGCGAAUCACGAGUCUCAUCACGCUUC